AUGGCACCAGACAGAGGAGGAGGCGGCGAAGUUGGCGCCCAUGGAAAAGUCAUUGAAAUUGAGACGCUGAGUAUCAAGGACACGCCUUCACAUGAAGGCGAUCUAGCAGUGCCGGCACACUUAUCACACGAUCCAGCCACAAAUGCAAAGCGAACAGAUCCGUUUCAAUUUGGACAAAGGUAUUUGAAGGAGACCGACGACAUCUUCGAGUACAAUGCCUGGGACCAUGUGACGCCCGACGACGAGCACUAUGAAUACUGCGAGUCUCAAUAUGCUAAGCAGAAGGCCGCCCCAGUCUCUGACUACGACAAGGACAGGUUUAACUCCCAGCCGGAGAAGUGGUGGGAUUUAUUCUACAAGCAAAAGACCAGUACUUUCUUCAAGGACCGGAAGUGGCUUGUGCAGGAGUUUCCCGUGCUCAACGACAUCACUCGAGCCAACGCUGGGAAGAAGGUGCUGCUGGAGGUGGGAGCCGGAGCAGGCAACACAGCCUUUCCAAUCAUGAGGCUCAAUGAGAAUUCCGAACUCGAAGUCGUUGCAGCCGAUUUCAGCAAGAAGGCAGUAGAAACGAUGCGCAAUGCAGAGGUCAUCCAGGCUAAAGUGGGCAAGGUCAGGGCGGAAGUGUGGGAUGUUGCAGGCGACGGCCUUCCCGAAGGUCUGACGGAAGAAAGCUGCGAUGUGGUGGUCAUGAUCUUCAUCUUCUCUGCACUGAGUCCUCAGCAAUGGCAGAAGGCUGUACAGAACGUCGCUCGAGUAUUGAAGCCAGGUGGGUACGUGCUGUUCAGAGACUAUGGCCGAGGAGACCUUGCUCAGGUCCGCUUCAAAGCCGGGCGAUGGAUGGAAGAUAACUUUUACGUGCGCGGAGAUGGUACGCGGGUCUAUUUCUUUGAGACGGACCAGUUGAAAGACAUUUGGGGCGAGUCGUUCGCAAUUCUCGACCUCGAUGUUGACCGUCGACUGAUUGUCAAUCGACAGCGGAGGAUCAAGAUGUUUCGGUGUUGGAUACAAGGGCGCUUUCAAAAAGCCGAGAAUUGA